AUGUACUUUUCGAUCGCGAUGGUCUUUAUGGCACUGACUGCCUUUGAUGUCGUCAAAGCAUCCGUCCUUUUGACUGUAUACAACCAAUGCAGUAAUACCAUUGAGCUGUAUGACGACAAUGUUGCUGAAAUGGUUGCGUCAGGUGACAUUACUCGUCGUAUACUCGACGAAGGAUUUAGUGGCAUGUUUCGCAACGGUGUGAAUACCCAAGCUUCUCUGGCCGAGUUUUCUGUCUCUCGUGACUUCUUGUCGUAUGAUGUUAGUAUCAUCCCGAGUGGCGUCUUUCCUCCUGGUCAAUGUGCAUCACUUGAGGAGUGCAAGGCUGUAACGGGUGGUACGGGAUUCAAUACACCCAUGCAGAUUUCUCCAUUAGGAUGUGACACUGUUUUGUGUCUGGAGGAUGGCUGCGAGGUCGCUUAUCACUUCCCAAAUGACGAGUACAAGACGUACACAUGCGAAGGCACGACCUCCGUCGUAUUGACCUUUUGUCCGAACGGCAUCGAAGGAUCGUCGCAGCAACAGCAACAGCAGCAGCAGCAAAAUGAACAACCACUGGAGCAACAACCUGCUCCAGUGCUGAAGCCUACCGCAUCAAUGCCGGUCCCAGCUCAUUGUUUGAUGGACCCCGUUCCGACCACACAAGCUCCAAGUCAGCUUCAAACAGAGACGCCAACCGUUGAUGCAUCCGUGCCUUCUACGGUGACACUCAACGAGAUCCCAACUAUUGACCCGACCGCGGUUGAAGGGUCGAGCUUGAUGUCCAGCAAUGGAGAUCAGGAAACUGGUACGCUGUCGCCAAAGGAGGUGUCCAGUAAUGGCACGACGACGGGUACUGCGGCCCCAGCAGAUAGUGCAGCACUAGCGGAUAGUGCAGGACCUGCAGAUAGUGCAGGACCAGCAGAUAGUGCAGCACUAGCAGAUACUGCAGCACCAGCGGAUAACUCGGCCUCGACGGCUUCCGAGGCUCCGGUCGCCUACGUGACGCCUUUAUCCAAUACUAAUAGCGAGAGCGCAAACACACAGAGCAGCAAAGAAGGUGGCACUGGAGCAGGCACCUAUAUUGCAACUAGUCUAGGCUGCGUGGGGGUGGUAGCUGCUAUAGCAGUGGUAGCCGUUGCUUACACGAAGAAGCAACAGAUUGGCACACCGAAAGAGGAGGAGGAGACUAGCCAAGACGAAACCAUGACUCCUGUCACACAAAUCAAUGUGCUGUAA